CUCACUCGCAGCAGAAGCAGUCAAGUAGGAAUAUUUUCGUUCUCGAGACGGGACUCAGAGUGAGGCAUCCUCAACUUAUAGACAGACAUCAUGAUGGGCGACCUUACCCCCGAGUCUGCUGCUCCUUUCUUCACUAUCGCCGCCAUCCUUCCUUCCUCGUCCGACGAUGUAAUCACAAUCCUGCACAGAGCAUACCGUACAGUGUUCAGCAGAAACUUCGUUCCUGCCAGGGAUCAUCUCCUGCUUUGGAUGAAAACCUGUUCUGCCCUAGGGGUGAACGAUUCCGUCGUGGAAGAACUACGAGAGAUUCUACCCCGCUUGCCUGACCUCACCUGGAAAAACGUCGCUAGGGUUGUAGGCCUUGACCCCUCUCUGGGGAACGAACAGCUAUCCGAAAAACCUAUCCAAACGCUAUUCCUACCCGUUACCUUAGUAAAUUCGCUUCUAGGCACUGCGCAGCGCUCUUCUAGAUAUCGUAGGGACAGGCAGGGGUAUGUCCACCUCGGUUCGACGGCUGUUAAAAGUAUAUUACUCGACCUAUUACGUGGAUUCGUUUACGACAACGAAGGGGAGGAUCUGGAUGCGUCUUACUUUGACUUUGAGUUGAGGAUCGUAGGGAAUGCUGUCCUUCUCGUCGUGGAAGCCAAGCGAUCUGCGUCGUCGGAAGUACACGCUCAGGCUCUUGCCGAGGCGACAUGUCUAGCGGCGUCGAAUAGCCGUUCGGGAUACUCACUCCCAAUCCACGUCGUCAUCACCGACCGAGAAGAGACCACAUUCUAUACUUACGACCGUAAGCAGCCCCCUCCAAUUCCAAGCCGACUCUCCCAUAUCUCCUUUCCAGCAUCCGCGAAACAGUUCUACUUGCGAAGCGACCUCAAAAUCGAGUAUUUUCAGCGUGAGAGUGUUCUUGGUGAAAGUCCAGAGAGGCUUCGGGAAUGGCAGCUUCUACGAAUGACCUGUAUUCUGGGACGGGAUUUGUUCUCGUUAAUAAUUGAAGGAUACUGCGACUUCAUCCAGGCGACGAUACGACCGUUUGAAUUGCCUUUGGCUUUGCAGCCAUUGGACGUGACGACGGAAAAACUGAGCGUCUAUGACGAACAUAGUUUCAUGCGGCGUUUUCGCACAACCGUUCAAUCAACUGGAACUAAUGCUGAGCAAGUGAUGGUUGUCUGCCAUGUUCUCUUUUCUUUUAUCGGCUUCGAAAUCAGAGGCGAGCGGUUCGAUGUGGAUGACAAAUCGCAAACUAUAUCUUACCAUAUAUCAAACUUUCCUGACCUCGAAUUCGAGUUACGGGUAGAGGCUGUUCACCGCACAGAACCAGACUCGCCGAGCAUGAUGGUAACAUUGCAGUGGAGACGGCCUAACGAAAAUUGGCAACUAAGCGUAAGUAUUGUGUCUACAAGCUCAAUUUCGCUAACGUCGGAUUUAGGGUUCCUGGUCAUUUUGCUUCGGGAACUUUUUCCGCACCGAUGUAGUGCUCCCUUCAAAUUUUGAAGAGAUAGAAGAUAGUGGAUUCCUCAGCACAGCUCGGUAUGCGGAAUUCAGGGAUUCGAUGCAGGUAGAGUUGUUGCGGCCGCUGUGGAACAGAAUACGAGUACGUCAAAUAACACCUUAGACCCUGAUCUGUUCUGAGUCUGUAUAGGAAGACUUCCCUGGUACAGAUACAGAAGCACUAAAGGAGUCACUCAAAUUGAUCGAG